AUGCCUGUUUCGAUUGAUGGCAGUGUUUUGGAGGGCGGCGGUCAAAUUCUUCGCAAUUCCGUGUCGUUGUCGGCACUGCUGAACACUCCCAUCUCAAUCACAAAAAUCAGAACCGGUAGGAAACCUCCCGGCCUGAAGAAUCAGCACCGUGUCGGUAUCGAAGUCGCUGCAGAGAUCUGUAGUGGACGCGUCCAAGGAGCGAAGAAUGGGUCGACGGCGAUAGACUUCCAUCCUUCGAGUACAAAGAUCCCAUGCCACGCUAUAGCAGAUGCUGUGACGGCGGGUUCAACUGCUCUGCUCCUCCAGACGGCUCUGCCUAUGCUUCUCUUCGCGCCCGUGCUGCCAGACGAGGCAUUGCCAAGUUCGCUGCCGGAACCAUCGACACUUAUCCUUCGCGGCGGAACGAAUGCAUCCCAGGCGCCGCAGAUAGAGUAUACCCAGCAUAUCCUAGUCCCCUUCUUGAAGAGACAUUUUGGAAUCGAUAGCGGGCUCGAGAUUUCGCUGAAGAAACGUGGAUAUUACCCCAGGGGUGGGGGCGAGUUGUUGGUUUCGAUACCGAGUCGGAUUGAACCGUUGAAACCAAUUCAACUAUCCACCGAACAAGGGCGACUCAUCCGGAUUGGUGGGCUCUCGCAUGUUGGUCGUCUCCCUGCUUCGCUAGCAACGGAGAUGGCUGGGGGCGCUCUUAAACGACUGGCCGAAGCUGGUUUCAUAAGCUCUAGCGCAGACUCACCGGAACCCAACAAUAGCCAGCAAGAGACGGUUAUCCCGAUCCAGAUCCAGAUCAAACGAGAAAGAAACGAUGACUGUCUGGGCGCGGGGAGUGGGAUCGUACUUUGGGCCGAGCUUGAGGGCGGAGGAAUGAUUGGCGGUAGCGCUCUUGGUCAAAAGAAUGUGUCGCCUGAGCAAGUCGGAGAGGCAGCCGCGGACGACCUUAUAAAGGGAUUGAAGGAAGGCGGUUGUGUAGACGAACAUUUACAGGAUCAAAUCAUCAUUUUCAUGGCUUUGGCGGCUGGCCGCUCAAGUGUCCUUACAGGCCCAAUCAGUCUGCACACAAAAACGGCGAUAUGGCUGGCAGAGAAACUCACCGAAGCGAAAUUCGACGUUGUUGAGCAGCCCUCCGGACAAUGCGUGAUAGCUUGCAAAGGCAUUGCCUACCAAAGGGCUGCUGCGUAG